UUAAUAAGCUAUGAUCACAUCUCACAAGCUCAUCAUCUUCCUCACCACUUCGAUUCUCUCACACCAUUUCUUCCAUUUUGCUGAUGCAAAGAAGUGCAUUCCUCCUUCUGCCUGUGGUGCUAUUCGUGAUAUUAGCUACCCUUUCGGCCUCAAGAGCGACUGCGGCCAUCCCGAUUAUGAACUAACAUGUGAAAACAAUGUAACAUUCCUCUAUCUAAACUCUAUAAAAUACUAUGUCAAAGCAAUCAACUAUGAUUCCUCCACCAUUAGGCUGGUUGAUGCUUCCAUAAACAAUGAUACAAUCUGCUCUUUUCCUACCCAUUCAUCAUAUCCCCACGACCUCAUCCCUCGAUCUUUUUCUGAUCCCUAUCAUGAAUUAAUGUCUGUUAACUUGAUUAGCUGCCCCAAUCCGAUCAAUAAUUCUUCCCUCUUCAUAGACAUAACUCAAGAUUGUGCCUCUAAUUUAUCACAUCCAAGAUUUAGUUAUGUAAAUGUUGUGCGCGUCACGGCCUCAGAGGUGCCACAUCUGUGUGAUGUAGAUCUAAGUGUCAUGAUACCGGGAGGGGGAUUGAUGGAUCCGAUGAAUGCUUCUCUUCCAGAAAUCCACCAAUCUCUCUUGUAUGGCUUUGAACUCCACUUCUUUCCCUAUUAUGUCGAUGAGCAAUCAACAGCAUGGGGGGAUCUCUUGCGCCUCUUAUCAGGAGCUGAUCGCUAUCUGCUGUUUCUUCUGGCCAUUCUAGUUAUCAUAAUUGCAGGGUUAAGCCUUCCCGUGACAAUCAUAAUCGUAAUUACUUGUGUACCAUUACUCUUAUUUACUUCCCUUUGGAGAGAUGUACAAAACUUUUGGGAAUAUAAACAAGAACAAUUGUACUAUCAGGCUGUGGGAGAAUCUAAUUACAUUGCAUUCAUUGCGUUUGUGGUGAGUUGUGUGGCAAUUACAGUUUGUUUAACAGCUGUACUAAACCCCCUUCUAGUAAUAAUCAUCGGAUCUGGAGUUGGAUCGGUGCUCUUGGUUAUUUACAUCCACAACUCUGGUGAACGUGUAUGGCAAACUUAUAUCGACCUCCCAGGUGAAGUUGAAGAGCUCGUGGUCCCUGCCCUCAUCUUUGGAAUCAUUAUCUGGACUCAAAGGAUAAUCAAUUGUCCUUUGGUAUUCGGGCUAUUGAUCUACAAAUUCCGGAGAAGGCGAUUGUCGCUAUUCGAGGGAGUAGAGUCAUUCCUACAAAGUGACAAUAAACUCGUGCCAAUAAGGUAUUCCUACUCGGACAUAAAGAAGAUGACUAAGAAUUUUGAAGAUAAACUAGGCCAAGGAGGCUUCGGUUCUGUUUACAAGGGAAAGCUUCGAAGUGGCCAUCUUGUAGCAGUUAAAUUGCUCGGAAAAUCCGGAGCAAACGGGCAAGACUUCAUCAAUGAAAUUGCAACUAUUGGAAGGAUCCAUCAUGUAAAUGUUGUCCAACUUGUCGGAUAUUGUGCUGAAGGAUCCAAGCGAGCCCUCGUUUUUGAUUUCAUGUCAAAUGGUUCCCUUGACAAGUACGUCUUCAAUCCAGAAAAAGCCUCUUCAUUGGAUUGGGAUAUGAAAUUCAAGAUUGCAAUUGAAGUAGCUCGAGGGAUGGAGUAUUUGCACCAUGGUUGUGACAACCAAAUCUUGCAUUUUGACAUCAAACCUCAUAAUAUACUUCUUGAUGAUAAGUUCGUCCCGAAAAUAUCAGAUUUCGGGCUGGCGAAAUUAUGCGCUGCAAACAAAGAGGCAGUGACAUUGACGGCUGCCAGAGGAACCAUAGGGUAUGUUGCUCCUGAACUUAUCAAUAGAAGUAUUGGAGCAGUGUCUUACAAGGCUGAUGUGUAUAGUUUCGGGAUGUUGUUGAUGGAAAUGGUAAACUUAAACAAAGACUUGAUAGGGAAUAAUGAUGAAUCUAGUAAGUAUUUUCCGAACUGGAUUUACGACCACUUGAACCAAGGUAGUGACAUUGACAUUGGAAAUGUUGAUGAAAAUGACGAUAGAAACAUUGGUCGGAAGAUGACUAUUGUUGCAUUAUGGUGCAUACAAAUGAAUCCGGACAAUCGUCCACCAAUGAAUAAAGUGUUGGAGAUGUUAGAAGGUGAUGUCGAACAUUUGCAAACUCCGAAUUAUCCAGCCUAUAUGACAGGAAAUGAGGAAGAAAGUUGGGCUACAGAUUCAAAUGCUUCAUUAUCAUUGUUGCAUGAUGAUAAUAGUAGCAGCAUUAUUGAGAUUAUUAGUAAUGCUUGAUAUAUUUGUGUUAUGUAUUUUUACUUGAAACAAGUUCCUCUGAUUGUGUAUUUGUGAUAUGUUCAUAAUCAGAUGUAAUAUGAAGUGAAUUACCAUAUUAUUAGUUAGUUAUUUA